AUGGCAAGUAAGAGAAGAUUUAAAAAUACACCGUUGAUUGAUAAUACUUUAGUUGGGGAAUCAUCUAACAGAUUACUUACUAAAGAAAGAAGAAAAAUGCGCAAGCUUUAUCUAGAUAGCAAACGAUCGAAUUCAAAGAAACAAAGUACUGGUCCAUUUAGUAGAGGAUGCUCAAAAGUCGUUAAUCGAUCUCAGGUCAUUGACAAAGAGAAUUAUAAUCCAAAUAUUCCUUCAUCAUCUAAUAAUUUUCACACAGUGCGGAACUUGAAAUAUGUAACCACAACAGCAUCAUCAAGUACCAUAACGACCGGUGGUCUUACUUUGAAUAACCAAUUGAACCCUUCUACAAGUUCUCGGUUUUCUAUUGUUUCAAACAUUGUUAUACAAAACAGUAACUCCAUUGGUCAAUCUUCCUCAACGUUAACAAAGCUCAAUUCAGGUAAACAAAAGCUUUUACCUAAGAAACGCCGUGUUGAUCCUAUUCCAAUGUUAGAUCUUACUUCUGAUGAUGAGAAUGUAGACUUUGUUCCCAUUCAAGACCCUUCUAAGGGUGUCUCGACAGAUUAUUUGGAUCAUGGUAAUCAAAGCCUUAAAUGUGAGAUGUGUGAUUCAUUGUUAUGGACUGACGAAGGUGGUAAAGGGAGAAUUACAUUGGGUAAGUUAACCUAUAGCUUAUGUUGUGGUUAUGGAAAAGUGGAGCUUCCGGAUUUGAAAGAGCCUUCUUCAAUAUACAAGGAUCUAUUUGCAAAUUCUAAUGAAAACAGCAAGUAUUUUCUAAAGAAUAUUCGUCGAUAUAAUUCUAUGUUCGCCUUCACAUCCAUGGGUGGAAAAGUAGAUUCGAGCAUCAAUAGUGGUAGGGCACCAUAUGUAUUUCGUAUAAGUGGACAGAAUUUUCAUUCAUUAGGUGGUUUGGUACCUGGACCUGGAAAACAGCCAAAGUUCUCCCAGCUUUAUAUUUAUGACACUGAGAAUGAAGUUUCAAAUCGAAAUAAGUUGUUCAGUGACUCCACAAAUAAGUCCGACUUGCAUUUAAAGCAAAUAGAUCUUCAUCUCAUAAAGUUUAUAAAAGACUUCCUGGAUAAUAAUAAUCAGUUGGUUAAAAGUUACAGAAUAGCAAGAAACCACUUCAAUGAUAAUCCUAAUGAAAACUUCAAACUUCGUAUCAUUUACAAAAGAGAUCUUGAUGGUCGUACUUACAACUUGCCUUCAUCUUCUGAAGUUGCUGCAUUGAUUGUUGGGGGUAUCCAAGAAAUAGUUGACCAUCGUGAUAUUGUUGUUGAGUCUCACACUGAAGGUCUUCAACGAAUAAGUGAACUUCAUCCAUCAUAUCUUGCACUUCAGUAUCCAAUUCUUUUUCCCAAUGGUGAUGACGGAUAUAGAAUAGACAUUCCUCAUAGGGAUGGAAAAGAGGAUCUAUCUAAUACUGGGGUACGGUUAGUACUACCAUCAUCUUUUACUGGUGGUUCUCGGUAUAUGCAGCAAAACUAUCUAGAUGCUAUGGCUAUAUGCAAAUGGUUUGGAUAUCCUGAUUUUUUCAUUACGGUGACAUGUAAUCCUAAGUGGCCAGAGAUUAUCCGAUACCUUCGAAAUACUUCUAUUAAGCAAGAGGACAGACCAGAUAUUAUAUGUCGUUUGUUUAAGAUGAAACUGGAUUCAAUUAUAAAGGAUUUGAAGGACAAGAAAGUGUUUGGAGCACUAAGUGCAGCGGUUUAUACUGUUGAAUUUCAAAAACGUGGAUUGCCACAUGCUCACAUUUGUAUAUUUUUGAAACCUGAAUCCAAGCUUCUCUCUGUUGAUCAUGUAGACAAAUUCAUUUCUGCUGAGAUACCAGAUAAGAUUGAAGAUCCCGCUCUUUAUGCUCUUGUAUCCGAAUUUAUGAUGCAUGGUCCAUGUGGAAAUGCAAAUCCCAAUUGUCCUUGUAUGGUUGAUAAUAGAUGUUCAAAAAAAUUUCCAAAAAAAUUCAUUAAUGAAACAAUUACCGAUGCUGAAGGUUUCCCUGUAUACAGAAGAAGAGAUAAUGGAAACACCAUUAUCAAGUCCAGAGUUCAAUUAGACAACAGAAGUGUCGUUCCAUAUAAUCCGCUUCUUUUGAAAAGAUACCAAGCUCACAUUAAUGUAGAAUGGUGCAAUCAAGCGGGUUCUAUCAAAUAUUUGUUUAAGUACAUUAAUAAAGGUCCAGACAAAGCAUCGCUUGUGGUGUCAAAUGGAGACGGUACAAAUAACGAACAAACAGCAAAGGAUGAGAUCAAAGCUUAUUAUGUGUCACGGCCCCCGACCCGGUACGUUUCCGUUUGUGAAGCUUCUUGGAGAAUAUUUGCAAAUGAAGUUCACUAUAGGUUUCCUCCAGUUAUGAGACUUCCUUUUCAUAUGGAAGGUCAACAAAAUGUUGUGUUUGGUGCCGAAGACGAUAUUGAAGAAGUGUUGGACAAGCCAUCAGUCUCUUCAUCCAUUUUUUUAAAGUGGAUGGAGAUGAACAGAAAUAAUGAAGAAGAACGGAAACUUACGUAUGUUGAGUUUCCUACAAAAUUCUGUUGGAAACUAAAAGAUAGAGAUUGGGCAGAACGUAAAAGAAAAUUAUUACAGAUUGGACGCAUUCAUUCUGUUUCCCCUGCUUUGGGUGAACCAUAUUUUCUUAGAAUUCUUUUAAACAAAGUCAAAGGACCAAGAUCAUUUGAAGAAAUUAGAACUGUUGAUGGACAGUUGUUUCCAACCUUCAGGGAUGCAUGUUAUGCUAUGGGUUUCUUAGACGAUGACAUGGAAUACAUUGAAGCUAUUAAAGAAGCGAGUUUUACGGGAGAUGGUCGUUAUAUUCGUGCAUUGUUUGUUACUUUGCUCUUGUCAAACACAUUAUCAAGACCUGAAUUUGUUUUCGAACAAACAUGGAAAUACUUGGGGGAUGACAUUUUAUACAAUAGGAGAAAAGAAACAAAGAACAGAGAUCUUGUAAUGUCAGAUGAGAGAUUGAAGAACAAGACAUUGGUGGAGAUUGAGAAGUACCUCAUUCGAAAUUGGUCGUCUUUGACACGAUGGAAAACAAUUCCUUAUCCUGAUUACGAUUCCUUUGCUGUUGGAAACAAUCGUCUGGUUGACGAAGAACUGUCUUUUAAUGUUCCUCAGGUACAGAGCGAGUUAGAUAGUCUAAAAUCUUCAUUGACUGACGAACAACUAUCUGUUUAUAAUCAGAUUAUGACAGCCGUUGAAGGCGACAAAGGAGGUGUAUUUUUUGUUUACGGAUAUGGAGGAACGGGGAAGACGUUUUUGUGGAAGACGUUAGCCUUAUCCGUUAGGUCUAGAGAGCAGAUUGUUCUAAAUGUGGCUUCAAGUGGUAUUGCUUCACUUCUAAUGUCAAGAGGUAGAACGGCUCAUUCUAGAUUUCACAUCCCCAUAAAUUUAGAUGAGAGUUCUAUGUGUCACAUAAGGCCCGAUGGUGAUGUAGCUUAUCUGCUUAAGUAA